AUGGAGGCCGCAACAGGACGACAUGACGAAGUCGAGGUCGAGUGGGCCAGGCUUUUGGCCAACCUGGAGUCCUACAACAGACAAACCGCCUCCCAGACCGUCUCGAAGUCCCUUGAACCCCCCGAGCGCACCCAGAGCAUCCAAUCUGCAAGAGAGGACCCCCAGACACACCAGCAAUGUGCACGGAUUGACCUCAUUGACAACGCGAAGGCGCAAGAGCCAGCGACAGACAGCCACAAAGCCAAGUAUGUCGAGAGGCAUACGAGGCCAGAUGGAAGUCUCCUUCCAUCUGCGUUUGCCAACGACUUCACGCCGCGGCCGACUCGUCAAAGACGGGCCAGAAAGACUGGACACACGGGGGUCUCGCCUUGGGCGCGCCAGGCGAUGGAGACGAGGUGGUUGCUGUCUCUGCACCAGUCUCGUGAGAAGGACAACGGCCCUCCGACACCCAUCCACCAGCCAAGACCAUACCCUGGUGGUGUGACGAACGCUGUUGUCAGAGAGCGUUUGGGCGUGGUCGGCGCUCACUGGACAUCUCCUGCCCAGGACCUGUCUGACGCGGUGGCUCCGAUGAGGGCGUCGCGUCAGUCAGGUCUGGCGGGAGAUGCGAGCCCGGCCACGGGGAUGAGCCAUGGUGGGACGUCUGAUCUCGCAGGGUCUAGGCCAUCAGACAGCCGAGAUGGCACGAUGGCAAACGCCGGUGCUGAGCAAGAAGAGGUCUACUUUGCAGUAGACAGACCGUUUACCCUCUACACCAUCGCCGGGGAGAAAAGAACCGUCAACGAGCUCGUUUGGCGCCUUUUCGACAUCCCAAUCUUCGGCUGGACGCCAAGAUACCCUUUCAUGUCCGCCGCCCCUCAACCAGGCCAAUUCCAGCAGGACCCAGGAGAAGUGUACGUGUCUCGGGAUGUCAGUUACUACGGCAGCGACCGUGAGACAGCAAACGAGACCGACUUGAAUGCAUCCCGGGUUGUCGCAAAUUCACCCGAUAAUGAGGCGCAUAUGAGCCGGUUGCGUCUGACGAGAUCCGAGCCACUGCACGAUUGGCCACGGCGGAGUGCCAUCGAUGAUUACUAUGAAGAAGACUCUGACGACGACGAGCCGACGAGACCCGGCCAUCAUCGCCGAAGACAUCGAUAA